AUGCAGUUCAUUCGCUGGUGGAUGGAGCCGGAGAUUGAAGAUGGCGAUCGGUCAAGUGGCGUGCUCAGUGGCAAGCAAUCGGACACAUGGAUCCCCCCGUUUGAGAAGAAACAUUCUGUAGAGCACGACUUCCACACAAUACGCGCCCUCACCUUGGCGAAAGGGACACUCUUCGAGGAUCCCGAUUUUCCGGCCAACAGUUUCUCCAUCUACCAAUCGAAUCCACCACAAACUGGAGUGCGUCACAUCGAAUGGAAACGGCCGGGAGAAAUCGUCGACAAGCCCAAAUUCGUCACGGAUGGUUAUUCCCGGUUCGACGUGCGACAGGGCAUUGUGGGUAACUGUUGGUUCAUAUCGUCCUGUGCCACUCUCACCUCCCAUCCGGAACUUUUCGAGCGCGUAGUGCCCAAAGACAAUGGACAGUUUGAGGAUCCCAGCUAUGCCGGGUUGUUUCACUUUUACUUCUGGAAAUAUGGCGAGUGGGUGGAGGUUAUAGUGGACGAUCGGCUUCCGGUGAACGAACACAACGUGCUGCUCUUCAUAAGCUCCUCCGUGGAGCACGAAUUCUGGGGUGCAUUGUUGGAGAAAGCGUACGCAAAGCUGCACGGUUCGUACGAGGCCCUAGACGGUGGAACGGGUCGUGAAGGUAUGGUCGAUCUUACCGGUGGCAUUACCGAGCACUACCCACUGAACGGCACCGAACCGGUCGAUCUGUUCGACCGGGUGGAACGGAAUCUGGCCCGCAACGCGUUGCUAACAGCCGGCAUUAAUAGCGACGAGGAUGGAAGGUUGGCAUCGGUCAGCUUGGUACCGUCGCACGAGUACUCGGUGACGAAGGUGACGCGGCUGGACGCGAAGCGCCACAUGCUGGACUUUGGCGAUGGAAUGACCGGUGACGUAAGGUUAAUUUGUGUCCGCAAUCCCUGGGGCCGGGGAGAGUGGAGCGGCGCCUGGGGCGAUAACUCCCUCGAGUGGAUAAUGGUGAACGAUGAGAAGAUGGCGGAAUUGAACAUCGUGCGGGAGGACGGCGAGUUUUGGAUGAUUUUUGAAGACUUUGUGGAAUACUUUGAUGAUAUCAGUGUGUGCUAUCAGUGUCCGGGUGAUAUGAGUGAGGAGUUGAAAACACAAUACCCGUGGGAAAUGAUGAUCCAGGAGGGAGAGUGGAAGCGGGACAGUACGGCGGGUGGAUCGGACAUGCAGAGCUUCUGGAGGAAUCCUCAAUAUCUGCUCAAACUCGGUGGGAAUUGUUGGGAGGAAGAUCCAAACGGUGUGCGCAGCUUAAGCCUCACGAUAGGAUUAAUGCAGAAGCAUCAUCGUGCUACAGGGACAAACUUCUUGUCGAUGCGAGUACUUGUUUAUCCCAUACCAGACCAUGUAGCUAUCAAUCAUCGGUCCUUACCGAGCACGUUCUUCGACAAUGUUGUCCCAGUAGAAGCGGAAGCGGACUUCCAGACGGCGCGCGAAAUUGUGACCCGAUACACACUACCACCCGGAAGGUACGUCAUAGUACCGCACACCUGGAAACCACACCAGGAGGCAGCGUUCUUGCUACGCAUGUUUGCCGAAGGACACCUCGACAAGGUGUGUUACUGUGCGGGUGAUAUGAUAAGGUAA